AUGGCUUCUUCGUACUUCCAUGCCCCAACAAUCGUCUUCUGGGACACGGUGGCUUGCCCGAUCCCUGAAGGUCUCGACGCUGAAACUGUUGUUAAGAACAUAAGUACGGCGCUUUAUGAAGAAGGUUACAUUAACCUGCAAAAAAUCAAGGCUUAUGGUGAUGUAUUUGAGAUGGUGGAAGAAAGUGGUGGCUUUGCCACAGUCGGACUCCCCAUGUGUCACGUUCCCAAAGAAUCUGAAGGCGCAUGUCUUACAAACAUUUUGAUUGAUUCUUUGUACGAGGGAAUUAGACGAGAUCUGAAUCUAAAUCUGAUGCUAAUCGUGGAUGACAUUUCAGAACUCCGACAGUUCAAAUACCCUUUUGUCUUUUUGCAUAAAGCGGAUAACCUCAAUUUCCUUCUCGCACAGCCUGAGGUGUCAUCGAUGUCGGUAUAUAAACCUCUCGAAUCGGUAUGGGAUUGGUCAAGCCUAGCUCGCGGAGAAGGUCCUGUUGAAGAUGAUGGAAAACCGCAUCGCACUUGCCAAUUCUUAUAUGGCUCAGAAUCCUCAGAUAGCGAUUAG